AUGUACAUAGUUAUGUUUACCCAGAUGCAAGCCGUGUCGGCAGAGCAUGCUGUGAUGAUGUCGCAUCGUGCCAGGACGUCAGAGGCACUCCGGCCAGAACCAACUCAAGCAACACCAGGCAGUCGAUGGAUGGCACGACAUGGCUUGACACCGCAGCAGGACGGUACACCUCAUCUCGAGACACCGCGGCCAGAAUCUCGCAGAAAAAGCGCAGAGGUGAUGGAACAAGAUCGUCGAAACAAAGAAUUGUUGAGAGACGCUGCAAAAAACCUUAGACAGGCAAUGCAGUCACCUACAAUGGACGCUGGUUACUCCAUGUCUUCCCCAGCAAGGCCUACUAGUGGUGAUAAGCGGAAAUCGCUGACGUCGGCUUCAAAAGGGACUAUGAAGAGGUCAUUUGGAGUGCGAAAAGAAGCCAAAGAAAGGUGA